AACAGUAUUUCAACUCUCAAGUCUCAACAAGAAAUAGGCAGACAAAACGUACAUAGGCGGAGAAAUUGCGCAGGAAGAGCAAGAAGGAAAAAGACAGAGAGAAAGAGAUGGGUUUCUUCUUCGUUCAAAGAUUCAUACUUGCACCAGCAAUUCUAUGCAUCAUCCUGUUCACUUCACUAUCCUUUGCAUCACAAUCAAACCUAACACCCACCACCAGGCCUUCAGCCUAUGAAGUUCUCAAGGAGUACAACUUCCCUGUUGGUCUCCUCCCCAAAGGUGUGACAGACUAUUAUCUUGACCCAUUAACAGGAAAUUUCUCUGCCUCCUUUGGCGGUAGCUGUAGCUUCUCCCUUGAAGGGUCGUACCAGCUGAAGUACCAGUCCACCAUCAAAGGGUAUAUAUCAAAAGGCAAGCUCGCAACAUUGGAGGGAGUUAGUGUGAAGCUCCUCUUCCUGUGGGUUAACAUUGUUGAGGUCCAAAGGAACGGUGAUAAUAUCGGAUUCUCGGUUGGGAUAGCAGGUGCGGAUUUUCCUAUUGAUAACUUUGAGGAGUGUCCUCAGUGUGGCUGUGGAUUGAAUUGCAGUGAUGAGCAGCUAGAGGAGGUUAGAACAAACCCAUCUGUUUCUUCUUACUGAUGGAAUUGAGGAAUAGAAUGCUGUAUUGAGAAAUUUGAAUUAUGGGUAUUUGUUUGAUUUGAAAUAAUUGUGGUGGGUUCUGCUUAAUUUGGUAAAUUCUUGUUGCUUUUCCAUUAAAUUGUGUGUUUUAUUGCUUUUCUUUGAUUGUUUUAUCAGUUUAUCAAUUGAUUUGCUUUUGCUU